AUGAACCCCGUCUUCAACUUUGAGUUCCCGCCCUUCAUCCUCAGCCGGGGCAAACUUUUCCUCUCGAGGCUCCCAAGCCACGCAGCCACUAAGGAACACAGCACGGUGAAUGGUGCGCUCUGGAGAAUUUUGGGAGGCCUGGUGGAUUCCUCCAGGCCCUCCGCGCGUGGAGGGCCGGCCUGGCUCGGGAUCCCGAUCGUCGCGGACAUCAACCCCGUCUUCAACUUUUGGUUUCUGUCCUUCGUCUUCAAUCACUUCUCUGGCGACGGUUCGGCGUACCCCUGGCUACUUCGAUUCAAGGAUCAGCUAACACUGGAGCGUGUCCGGGAUACCCUUCUCUGCGCGCUUUGGGAGCAGCUGAAUGAAACCAAGUGA